GACAAAGAUCAAGGUGUGAUACCGUGAAUAGUCCUUUUAUAUUGAUCAUAAGAAACUUCAAAAUCAACUAAUCAUCAUUUUUCUCUUAAUUUGACGCACCAACUAAUCAUCGUUAAACGACAACGACAAUCUUUUGGCCAUCUUCAAAGUACAUCAAUGUUUUGCCCUCAUGCUCAAUGUACUUGUGUAGGAAGAUUUCAAUGUCCUUACUGUCCUUGUCCGUACUAUCACCAACAUGAUCUUCCAUCGGUAAUUAUAAGGACGAGUGCAAGGUUUUAUGGCUAUGGUAACUAUGGAUAUGGUCAUAGUUCCCCGGACCCGUCUACACUUAGACGUAGUUCUUCAGAUAUCUCAGUACAUAGUACUCACAAUUUCGAUAUCGACACUAUUGCUUAUGAGGGUUCGAAUGAGUUAGGUGAAUCAGUGGUAGACAGAAGUAACGGCUUACCGCAGUGGAAAAUCUCCAAAUUACAAACUCAUAGAUAUGGGAAGAAACCCACAUUUAGGUGGUGGUGGCAAAAGAAAAAUAAGUUUGUCGCCGAUGAUACUCAGUGCUCGAUAUGCUUGUUGGACUAUGAGAAGGGAGAUAAGAUGAUCACUUUGCCAUGUAAACAUAUCUACCACAAGGAUUGCAUUUUACGUUGGUUUAAAGAAAACAGGGUUUGCUGCGUUUGUAAACGCGAAGUUUUUUAAUACAUAUAUAUUAAACCGAUAAUAAUGAUUACAAUGUAUUUUAAAUAGGGAAAAUUUGCAUUUUAGUACGUUUUUGAAACUUAAUUUGCGAUAUAUUACGUUUACUAUUUAUAAUUAGUAAAAUAGCCCAAUUUUACUAUUCAUAUAUCUGUACAGAUAGACAACUGUACACAAACAUAUUAUUAUACAUAAAAUAUUUGU